AUGAAGGACCGGCUUGCAGAGCUUCUGGAGUUGUCCAGGAGCUAUGACCAGCAAUUCCCAGACGGGGACGAUGACUUUGACGCUCCCCACGAGGACAUCGUGUUCGAGACCGACCACAUCCUGGAGUCCUUGUACCGGGUCAUCCAGGACAUCCAGGAUGAAAACCAACUGCUGAUGGUGGACGUCAAGCGCUUGGGGAGGCAGAACGUCCGCUUCCUCACUUCCAUGCGGCGCCUCAGCAGCAUCAAGCGAGACACCAACUCCAUCGCCAAGGCCAUCAAGACCCGGGGUGAGGGCAUCCACCAGAAGCUUCGCUCCAUGAAGGAGCUGAGCGAGCAGGCAGAGGCCCGGCAUGGCUCGCAAUCGGCGGUGGCACGCAUCUCGCAAGCGCAAUACAGCGCGCUGGCCCGCGCCUUCCAGCAGGCCAUGUACGAGUACAACCAGGCCGAGAUGAAACAGCGCGACAACUGCAAGAUCCGCAUCCAGCGGCAGCUGGAGAUCAUGGGUAAGGACGUGUCGGGCGAGCAGAUCGAAGACAUGUUCGAACAGGGCAAGUGGGACGUGUUCUCAGAGAACCUGUUGGCCGAUGUGAAGGGCGCGCGGGCUGCGCUCAACGAGAUCGAGAGCCGCCACCGCGAGCUGCUGCGGCUGGAGAGUCGCAUCCGCGACGUGCACGAGCUCUUCCUGCAGAUGGCUGUGCUGGUGGAGAAGCAGGCGGACACGCUGAACGUCAUCGAGCUCAACGUACAGAAGACCCUCGACUACACGGGCGAGGCCAAGGCGCAGGUGCGCAAGGCGGUGCAGUACAAGAAGAAGAACCCCUGCAGGACCAUCUGCUGCUUCUGCUGCCCCUGCGUCAACUAGCAGCUGGUUUGGACCUUCAUCACCUGUGCCCUGAGGGAAAUGUGUUCAGGAUGCCAGCCAAAGGCAUCCCGCACUGGGCCGAUGGAGGCGGUCCCAAAGCCUGCAGAAUUCAGAGCAUAAAGAAAGAACGUUGGGGUCAGGAGGCAAGACUUGGGAUCUGGCACUUGCCUAGAAAGAUGGUUGUUAGUUAGCAUCCUAUGGUUCGUUAAUGCAGGCAGAUUACCAAUGGAGUUGUGUGGCGUCAUUAUAAGAUACCUAGCACUCAGCAUCACAGGGAGGCGCUAAUGCCGUUGCUAAGGUCAAUGUCAUGAAGACUAAAAGAGGAAGUCCAAUUACAUAUACUAAUAGUAUGAGCACAUUAUCAAAAUUAGUCUUCGUUUAUCUUCUCUGGAAAGUUCCUUGGUGCUAUUCGA